CUUUCCUCUAGGGAGCGCGGUCUCGCCGCGGUGUUCUUGAUCACUCUAAAAGAAUGUUUCAGCCGGGCCCGUUAUUGAGCUUCACAGGCCCUUGGCAGCUGGGCAGCGGCGCAGUUGUUGCGCACCCCUCAGACCAUCAAGCGCAGCAACAUGGUACUUCAGACGAUUUCCAAUGCCAUGCCUCCUGGUAUCUCAGGGCAAGUGAUAAGUUGUUGUGUGUGAUGGCGGAUUUUUUUGGCCACGACGAGACUCAAUUAAGUACUGGAAUGAAUAUCAACAAGUGCAGAAGCACAAAUUACAAUUCUAAGGUAGUGCAACGCAGCAGCCACAGCAGCGCUCGGCGUCCUCAAGCGCGAAUAAAGCAGGACAAGUCAAGAAGCAAUCCAACCUGAUGCAGCCGCGGGACUGGAAGAGGGAGACGAUUUCGAACUCCCCCAGUCGCGAUGACGAUGCUGUUGACAGCACUGUUGUAGUGGCCCCCACGGAGCAGAUCCUAAAGCCAAAGAAGCCGAUUCUGCAAGCCACGCAGCAGUACCACAAGACCAGCAAUAAAUCCGUUGGGAGCAGAAGUGUGCUAAACAGUAAAAGUGGCUCAACUGCGGGACAUGUAGCAUCAACACCAGCGGCACAGAGGAAAAGUAACAAAGUGGCGACUGAGCAGCAGAAACUUGAAGAGGAGCAUUUUAUUGUGUCGUCGGAGCAAAAGGAGCUGCAUCAGAUGCACCAGACGAACAAAGGGUCGUGGAACACUAGACCAGCACCGGAAGGAGCGCGGGUUGUCGAGGUCGAGCGACAGUCCUCAGCCUACGAAAGUUCUUUUUCCCGUCCGAAUUUCCUCGUGCAAAACCUACACCAAUCCGGCGGCAGCGUCUCGGUGCGGCCGUUCGCAACUGGUGCGGCCAGUACUUUUGCUAGCCAGCACGGAACCACGAACUCUGGGUCCGUGUCGGUUCAGUUUCACCCCCCAGAGCGGCCUGCGCACCGCUACACACUUUCUUCUGCGUCUGCCUGGCGCCCGACUCUCACCACUGCAAGCUACGUCAACGUGACGGCUGUGCCGGUAAGUCCGCCGGCGGGCGGCGGGGCAGGAGGGGGUACUGGAACUUCUUCGGCGUCCUCCGCCACCUUCAACAGCGCGCUUCGCAGUACGCCGCCCGUGGUGCAAAAUUGGCUCAUGCAGCCGCCCUUCUUCGCGCAGCGGCAGACCAGCAGCGGCUUUCAGCAGAUUGGUGCCGAGGGGAGCAAGGCAGCGAGCACCUGUGCUCCUGUGGUCCAUGUGAUUUCAGGCACUUCGACCGCGCCACACCGACAGCAAAGCUCGCCACAAGUUGUCGGCCUGUUCCCCGCGAAUGAGCAAAGAAAACACGUUCUGGCACCAGCUACCAGACCGGGAGCGGGAGCUGGGGCGCAGCACACUAUUGCGGUGGCGGCCAGACCACUUCCGCCGGAGGAAAGCGCUGUCAUCGUGAACCAGCCUGUCCCUGGCGCACCAAAUCAUGCCUCUACUUCCUCUUCGUCAACAGCGAAGAUCACCUCGACCACCACGACCGCGACCACGCGCGCGUCGACGCUGCCGCGCGGCCGCAGUCCAGAUUUGGCUGGAAAAAACCAGCAGGUGCAGCGGGUUUCCUCUGCUUCGCACGCGAAGGCGCUCAGUGUGUCCCCGAAUAAGGUGUUCACGCUCGAGGGACAGCUGAACCAGAAUAGCAUCUUGAUGCGCGACUACCGAGAUGAGGAAGAUAGAGAUGCAGCUACGGGGCGCAGGGCUUCAACAAGUCAAGGCGGCGCUGGCGGUCUAUCUCGCAGAAACAAAGUACUAGUGCGAGUGUUACUUCUUCUCGGAGUAUAAAAGUUGCUCUACUUGUUACAACCUCCCCUCGAGGAUACACAUCCUGCUGUUUGUAGUUUCUGUUUGUCUAUUUUAUUGGCUCAUUAUUGUGUCCUGGAUUGAACCAGUGUGAGUCGACGGUUCGAGCAGCCGUAUAAUUUUGAUUGAAAACUACAGGACUUCGUCCCACCUCAUCUCGGUCCUCCUGCGCAACGCACCAGCGCACAGAGCAACAGAAGGGCGGACAGUGUUUCUGUCGAUGCAAGCUUGCGCGCUUCCGCCAACGGAAGGACCACGUAUCUUUCUGCCACGAGCGUUGAGGCCGAGGAAGUCGAGCCACUUAUGAUAGACCAGCACGCGGCCAGCAGCUCCGCGUCUCGCCGAGGUGCCUCCCAAGAAGAAGAAGAGGCAGAGGAACAGGAUAGCAGUGAAACUUCCCUCGCACAAGAGUUGCAGCAGAAAAUUCAGCUGAUGCAAAAGAGAAUCAACGAGCAAAGUGGCGAGAUUCGGCAAUUGAAGCAUGACUUGAAGCAGAAGGACCAGAGCGUCGUGAAAGCGGAGAAGAAAGAGCUGGAAACGAAAAGACACCUGCAAGAGGCGCGAAAGGAAAUCGCACAGUGCCGCAUAGAUAUGACGAAGCAGAAGGAGGAAAUUAUGUCGCUCCAAGCUGAGUUGGACGCGAAAAAGAAGCAAGCAGAGCAGCAAUCAUUGAAGACGCGGCAAGAGCAGGUGGGAAAGCUGCAGGCGACGAAAGAGGUACUUACGAAACAUGAAGUGUAGAUGUUGAUGCGAUGACGUGUGUCGUGGCUGUAAGUAACCCCGAUCGUGAUCUUUCGUGAUUUGGAACAUGUAAAAACGUUCAAUUUUUUGUUCAUAUACAAAAGCGAAAUCUUUCCCACAUUCAUCGGUUUCAGGCCCGAGAACUGCAGAAGAAGGUCGAUCUGCUCGAGGCGCGCGAGAAAAAUUUGAUUUCCGUGACGAGUGUCCAGACGGUCGCGCUGAGUAGUAAAAUGAGCACGGACGCCGGGAACCACGGCCAAGAACUUCUCAUGACCACGGGGAGUGAGGAGGAGUAUUCCUCGGACCAAAACGCAAGCGGGAUGUCGGGCAGCGCAACUGCUGGCGUCCACGCAAACAUGUCUGUGGUCUCGGGAAUUCACGAAACGCCGAAACCGGUUGUACUUAUUUGCAGAUUUUUUGAACAAGCUGCUUUUUGAUUGGAUGCGAAUCGGUUGAAAGAUCUCCUCGUAGUAGCAAAGUUGAAAACAAAUACAAAAUCCGGUCAUCUAUCCACAGAGUCCUCGUAAAUCCGUUUCUUCCACGGACCCCCGAACGGUGGUGUCGUUGCGCGACCUGUCUGAAAUCAAGGCGCUGAAGAAACCGCCCGAGGCGGUACGCUUGCUAUUCGAGGCGUGUUGUCUGUACUUGCACAUUGAGCCGAAUAAGCGGUUCGAUUCCAAUUCUAAGCAGUGGGUGGUGGACUACUGGGAACCCUCGCGGAAGCACAUUCUCUCCGACUCGCACUUCAUGCAGAAGCUGCGCAAAGCCAAUCCGGGGAACGAAAUUCUGCAGCAGAUCCAGCUGUUGUGGAACAACCACCCGACCGUUUUGACCGAGGAAAAAGUCGCCAACUGCUGCCGUGCGGCCAAGCCGCUCUUCAAAUUUAUCGAGGGCGUGGCGUUCGGCGAUGCUAGCGUCAUGAACAGCAUCGCCGUGGACCACAGUCUGGGCUUGCUGGGGUGCAGUCCGGCGAAGGUGCUGAACUUCGAGGGAGGUGGCGCAGGAACGAAUGGUGUUGGAGCCUCGGCGGGUGCUGUGGGGGCGAGUGCAUAACUUGAAGUUUUUUUGAUCAAAACUCGAAACCGAAAUUCAUUGAUGCCGCACGCACACUUUUUUACUUUGGUCUUGUUUGCUGUUGAGUUUGUUUCAUCGAUUCAAUGACACCUUCUCUUUCUCACGUGAAUGAACUGGUUUGGCCGAGCGACAAUUUUCUUCAGAUUUCCUCCAUGUUUUCUUCCACCAUGACGAUAUGUUUGGAAGCCUAUUGUGUGGUUUUCGCCUUUCAGAUUUUUACUUUUUUGUAAUCGACAUGGAUGGCAGACUUAGACUUUUCACAGCAUCUACGAGAGCCAAUUUUUUUUGUUUGCAAGGAACUUCUCAGCAUCAUCUUGUUGGCAAGUCAUAUUACAUGGGACGAAGCCUUGGCCUUGCUGCUCUGCAGAAGCACCGCCCCGUUGCCGUGCGGACAGAUUGCUGGCGUUUUGUGAACAAAGGUUCCGGCACUAGCUGGAGGUCCGGUUGCGAGUAAGUACCCCUCAGCAAAAAUGGGAGUACAGCGGAGAUCUUAGGAUCCACCAUAACUG